GCCUAAGACACCCGCAUUUGCAUUGUAUUACUUAUUUUAUUAAAACCAUAUGUAAUAUACAAAUUUGAGCUUCUACAUUACUUCUCAACCUUCACCGUUCCUGAUACAAGCGCUCCUGUUCUCCAUUUGGUCCUAACGACCCGGAUUUAUAAUUACAAAGAACCUGCCAAGAACAAAGGAAUCACGCAAGUUGCAAGAACCGUUAUGUGAUUGUUCGAGAAGAAGAGUUCGAAAUCAAAGUUCUUGAUAUUAAAGGAAACUGUAUUGGAAACAAGAAUCACGCCUACCUCGUCGGGAAUCUACAUUAAAACCUGAGGGAGUAGCGUUACCCUAAAUGCAGUGAGUGCGAGCGGUUAGUGACCUUCAUACCUACGACGCGGUCAUUUCGCUGCAACGACGACGGCGGCUUAUCUAUUGCUUGCUUCCUCGUCUACGCACUCGGCUUACGUGCGGCUUACCUUACUGCACUCUCAUCACGCUUCAUUGAUAAAUUUAAGUACACAUUGCACUUUAUUAUAUUAAGAAAAAGUCAUAAUCUCAUACUGUUCUAAUCUUAUACUUACCUACAGCUUAAAAGUAAAUUUUUCGUAAGUAAACAAACCUUACUUAGUAAAAUUAUGGAUUUAAAAACUUUAAUUAAACAACGAGCGUCAUUUAAAGCUAAAUUAACUCAGUUCGAAAAAUAUUUAGAAACUUUGAAUAGUUGUGCUAAUCUAAGUAGUUUGCAAAUUGGUGAACUUAACAUUCGAUUAUCAAAAUUUGAAGAAAUAUAUUCAGAAUAUGAUAGCCUCCAAACAGAGAUAGAACAAACAUCUGAAAUUCCAAACGAACAGUUUCAGGAUCGAGAGGCCUUUGAGACCAAGUACUUCGGUGCAAUGGCGCUCGCUCGGGAGGUGCUGGCGCGGAACGAUUGCCCUGCGCGCUCUGGUUCGGGCUCCGGCUCCAGGUCAGGUUCUUGUGUACACCAAGUUCACUUAGUAAUGGCGAAGAGUCGUGUGGCUCCAAUAAAACCCACGACAGUCCCGCGGCUAGAGCUGAGUGGAUCGCUACUCGCUGCUAGGCUCGUGGAGAAAUUGAAGAUUUCACAAAGAGUAUAUUUCAGAACUUCAAAGGCGACAGAAAUGGAGCAAAGAUGGAGGACACCUGAAAUUGGGCGAAAUGGUGCUCGUAAAAGAUGAACGACUGCCGCCCAACCAAUGGCUGCUGGGGCGUGUAACGCAACUUUACCCUGGCUCCGACGGCAUAGCCCGCGUUGCUGAUAUCCUCACCACGUCAGGGACUUUUCGACGUGCAUUUAAUCGAUUGUGUCCGCUGCCAGUGGAAGACCAGAACUGCAUUCCUGGGGGCCCAGCAUGUUGACGCGAUGCAUAUGUAUGCUGCACACAGACACACACACGCAUAUACGGCGAUUCACAGAGGACGGCGCGCGCGACCUUCAGUCACCUUAUAGCACUCGCCUAAGACACCCGCAUUUGCAUUGUAUUACUUAUUUUAUUAAAACCAUAUGUAAUAUACAAAUUUGAGCU